ACAAUUCCAACAAAAUAUACUUUCGGAAUAGUGGCUGCAAUAUUUUUUUCGGAGUGUAAGAUAACCUGUCAUUUAUGGAUGACAUUAAUACGAACGUGCGUGGAUGUAGGUUAGAUCAAAUUGUGUUGAUCUCGUCGGUUGGUGUGAAUUUUCAGUGGAUUUCCGCAAAGUGAAUUGAAAAUGGGGAGGAAACCUACUGUGGACGGAGGGCCAGAUGCGAAUGUGCUUGAAAUUCCAGGAUUUCCUGUACCAGGGGCAUUAGCGGUGAAUGAAUACUCUGCGGCGCAAAAGAAAGCGAAGCAAAACAAAAAGGGUGGAGGGUUUCAAGCCAUGGGUCUGAGCCAUCCAGUUGCUCUGGGAAUCAACAAACGUGGUUAUAAAAUACCCACUCCAAUCCAAAGAAAGACUAUUCCACUGAUUCUGGAAGGACGAGAUGUUGUUGCAAUGGCAAAAACUGGUUCUGGCAAAACUGCCUGCUUCCUGAUUCCUAUGUUUGAGAGGCUUAAACAGCGUGAUCCAACGAAAGGCGCUCGCGCGCUGAUUUUCUCUCCUACUAGGGAACUCGCAAUCCAGACGUUCAAAUUCAUCCGCGAACUUGGGAAAUUUCUAGAUUUAAAAGUAAUUCUUGUGCUUGGUGGCGACUCGAUGGAUUCUCAGUUUUCAGCCAUUCAUACGUGUCCAGAUGUGAUUGUGGGAACGCCUGGACGAUUCUUACAUUUGUGUGUAGAGAUGGACUUAAAGUUGUCUUCCGUCGAAUACGUGGUGUUCGACGAAGCAGAUCGUUUGUUUGAAAUGGGCUUUGGAGAGCAGUUGAACGAGACUUUGAGCAGAUUGCCCGAAGCACGGCAAACGGUAAUGUUCAGCGCCACCUUACCCAAACUCUUGGUUGAUUUUGCAAAGGCUGGUCUAAGUGAUCCGGUGCUAAUCCGGUUAGAUGUUGAAUCGAAGAUACCUGAAGGUCUGGUCCUUAAAUUUCUACAUUGCCGCCCUGAUGAACGAUAUACGACUUUGGUAGUUUUAUUAAAAUACAUUAUCCCCAAAGACUCGCAAACGGUAGUAUUCGCUGGAACUCAACAUCAUGUGGAACUCAUAUCUUCACUUCUCACCAGUUCUGGCAUUUCCAACACCUCUAUCUACUCUAGCCUGGAUCCAUCAGCCCGAAAAAUAAAUACAGCUAAAUUUGUCCACAAGAAAGUAUCUGUUUUAAUUGUAACUGAUAUUGCGGCUCGCGGCAUAGAUAUACCAAGUUUAGAUUUUGUCAUUAAUGUGCAUUUUCCCGGCAAACCGAAACUUUUUAUUCAUAGAGUCGGUCGUUGUGCUCGUGCCGGCCGUAGAGGAACUGCUUAUACAAUUUGUUCAACAGAAGACGAAGCUCAUCUUCUUGAUUUGCAUCUUUUUUUGAAUAGGCCUUUCAAUAUUUCUGAUAAUAACUCCAUUGGUGUUAUCCCUCAAGAUAUCCUUGAAGAAGAACAUCAUACUAUUCUAGAGAUGCUAAAAAGUCAUCAUAUUGCUGGUACCUAUAGAACUAGUGAAAACGCAUACAAAAAAUAUUUAUCUUCUCGUCCGGCGGCUUCAGUAGAAUCUAACAAAAAGGUCAAAAACAUAAAAUUUUUCGCGUUGAAAUCACUUGAAGAAUUCGUAGGGCUUUCCAUUGAAAUAGAGGAUGAUAGUUUGGAAAAAAUAAAAAGGAAGGAAAGUGAAAGAAAGGAAGACUUACAACAAUUGGAUGAACAAAAACAUAACAUUCUCAUGCAGAUGAGAAAUUACAGGCCAUCCGGGACAAUUUUUGAAUUGAAUCCACAUAAAAAGUCGUUUUCACUGGAAGUUAUGAAACAGAAAAGAGCUGCACAUUCCGUGCUAAUAGAUAAGUAUCGUAUUAACCACAAGGACACCGAAGUGGAAGAACAACACGGGAAGAAAUCCGAAAAAAAUGAAGAAACUAAAGACACUGACGAGCAAGAUAUUAAGAAAGUAUUUGGGAAUAUAGUUGGCUUUACAAAGCCUAAGAAUUCCGAAGUUCAACCGGAAUCGAAAAGUAGAAAGAAAACCGGCGCGAAGAAAGAUUUAGAAAAUUACAUACCGUAUCAAUCGGCAGAUAAACAUACUGAAGAAGGCUUUGCUAUUAACAAUUUUGAUCGCCAGGCACAAAAUGCCGAGUUCAGCAUUGUUGACAAAGCGCAAACAGUGAAAUAUUCGCAGGGAAUGAAGAAAUGGGAUCGUGUGAAAAAGAAAAUGGUUUCAGUUCAGGAUCCACGUAUAGGUAAAAUUCGAACUGAGUCCGGAUUAUGGAUACCAGCGACAUACAAAACUGGACGCUACAAGGACUGGAAAGAAAAGACGAAAAUUGAAGAACAAGUAUGGCGCGAAGAAGAAGGGAACGAGGCACCACUUUCUCAUGAGCAACGUUAUCCUGUUAGUCGACAUGCUCGUCACAAUGCUAAAGUAGAAGCCAAAAAGCGGAUGGGAAUUGACUCUGAAUUGAGAAAUCCUGAACAAAUUGUCAAGAAACGGUUGCGUGUUGAGUUUGCGAAGAAGCGUGAACUAGACAAUAGAAUUAAGAAACUUCAAAAUAAGAAGAAACAUGCACAAAAAAUGAGGAGAAAAAAGCCAAAUAAAUAAUAUGUGUAUCAUACAAUGUUUUUCUUUCUAAAUUGGACUUCGAACCAGCAAUGUUAAAGUUACACUCUAAUGAUUUUUUGAAUAUUCGAAAAACUUGUACAUUUACCUAGAUAUCUUUUGAAUAUAAUAAUAAUCGUUGGCGCAACAAUCCAUAUUGGAUCAGGGCCUUGAAGUGUAUUAGUUCACU